UGGGGACCAUGGAGACCCAGGGAGCCAGCCUCACACUGGGGCGCUGGUCACUGUGGCUACUGCUGCUGGGACUGGUGCUGCCCUCGGCCAGUGCCCAGGCCCUCAGCUACAGGAAGGCUGUGCUUCGUGCUGUGGAUCAGUUCAACAAGCGGUCCUCAGAAGCUAAUCUCUACCGCCUCCUGGAGCUAGACGCUACACCCAAUGAUGAGGUCGACCCAGGCACCAGAAAGCCUGUGAGCUUCACAGUGAAGGAGACCGUGUGCCCCAAGACGGCCCAGCAGCCCCUGGAGCAGUGUGAAUUCAAGGAGAAUGGGCUGGUGAAACAGUGUGUGGGGACAGUCACCCUGGACCCAUCAAAUGACCAAUUUGACAUAAACUGUAAUGAGCUUCAGAGCGUCAGAUUUAUUCCACCAAUCCUACGUCCACCAGUCCGUCCACCAUUCCGCCCACCGUUCCGCCCACCGUUCCGUCCACCACCCAUAAGACCAUUUCCUGGUAGAGGGUGACCAAUAGGCAGAUAACUCCCUGAUAAAGGCUUCUGAUGAAUCAGAAGCCCAGGGAAGACCUCUUGGGAUCUCCUUUGCCUUGAGUCAGCAUCCAAAAAAAUAAAAUCUUGUG